AUUUUCUUCUCUCAUUUACAGAUCGAAUUGGAGAAUCUCAAUAGUGCAACAGAUGAAAUUAAUAAACUCGAAAUAGAAUUAGAGGAAGCAAAUUCCACGUUCCGCAUACUUUUAAAUGAAUCCACACGCCGCCUUAAAUUAUCAUCAAAAAAAUUAGGUAGUUGCAUUGAGAAAGCACGACCAUACCAUGAGGCUUUGGAAACAGCGCGAAAAGCACAAAUUGAGUGCCAAAAAGCAGCGGUGAAAUUUCAACGUGCCAAUGAAAUUCACACCGCCGCCAAGGAAACCGUAGCUUUAGCCGAACAACGCUUCAUGUCCAACUCACACGAAUGGCAAUUCGAUAAUGCCUGGCAGGAAAUGUUGAAUCAUGCCACACAAAAGGUCAUGGAUGCGGAGAAACAAAAAGCAGAAUGCCAUGCAGAACAUCAAAAGCUUACGCAAAUCUUCAAUGAUGCUGAGCUGAAGGUCCAACAGCUUGAGGAACGGUUCCGCCGGAGCAUAAAUAAAUCACGUCCCUACUUCGAAGAAAAACAAAUCUGCCAAGAUCAAUUACAUACUCAAAAGGAGCGCAUACAAGAACUACAACAGCAAGUGCAAACAGCUAAAAGCACUUACUCGACAGCGCUACGCAACCUGGAACGCAUCAGCGAUGACAUACAUCGCCAGCGUGGUGAUUAUCCACAAAUGGGCGCACCACCGCCGGGACCACGCGAGCCUGGUGUUGGUGCAGAACUGAAUUCGCCAACAACGACUACGCUGCCUUCUUUGCCCGAUUAUCAAUUGGAGCUGGAGAAAUGCGAUUACCCCUCGAUUGCCGGCAGCCAAAUGUCGCUGAGCGGCAAUUCACAUCGUUCCAGCGAUUUGGUGAGUGUCAGCACACAGCCCGCGUCCAUUGGUCACAGCCUUGCUGGUGACGAGUCCGAGAUGGAGGAAUGCGAUGCUGACUAUGCGGAUAGCACCGAAUUGAAUGGCGUUGUUGAUGAACGUGAUCUCGAAGAAUUACGCCAAAAGGUGAAAAUACUCGCAGUACGACCUAUUGAGGGUGGUGAUGGUGAGCAGCAGCGCAAUGAUAUGUGGGAAAAUGAGUUGACUGCCACUGUCAAUAAAUUAGAUCAAUUGAUGUUAAUGAAUGAAUGUGCGGCGCAAAAGCAACAGAAACAACUGAAAAUAAAACAACAACAACAUCAGCAGCAGCAACACAAACAACAACAUCUAGGGCAACGUGAAGUGCCUGGCGCUGGCGUACGUCCCGAUUCUUUGGGCGCCGAAGCACCACCACAAAUCUACGAUGUUGUACACGCUAAGCCGGCAGCGGCGGUGCUGGAGGAAGAGGAUGAUGAAGAUGAUGUUGAUGUAGUUGUGGUAACGGGUAAAGUGGGACCGCGCGUACAAAUCACACAUGCUAAAACCGUACAACAGCAACACACCGAAGAAGCCGGUGUUGCAAGUUAUCCAGCUACGCCCGAACAUGCUGUGCAGCCGAUAAAGAAGUUGCAACAGAAACUGGGUCCCUUGCCAGCGGUGAAUGUGUCCAUGCGUGAAUUGCCAUUGUUGGCGCGGAUCUCCAAUGAAAUACUCGAUCGUGCCACUAACAAUCAACGCGGGCGUCAGCUGCGUCGUCGAUCGCUUGACUAAAUGGGGCUGUGUGGAUGUGUGGUGGGUCGUCAGUUAUGUUAGCUGGCCAUAGGAGUAAUCAUAAGUGUGCAUUACGUAGUUAGCUAGUGGUUAAGUCAGGGGGACAGCUUAUAAGAUGAAUAACUUGAGUAUUGCUUGAAAGUAUAUACAAACAAACAUACAUACCUAAUAAAUAAAUACAGAUGCAUAUGGUUAUUUUUUAAGUACAAUACAUAAGCUACUAUAUUUGUGAGAAAUAUUUAUUUUUGUGCAAAAACAAUGUGAAAAAAUAAUAUAUAUAUUUAAAUAGAUGCACGCAUACACUGUUUAAAUUGUUUACCAUGUAAAAGUGAAAAUGUAUUUUUUGCAAAAUCAAAUGUAACAUUUAUUAAACAAAAAAAUUAAAAUUAUAAAAAAAAUAUCUAUGUAUAUGAUUCAUUGUAGUAUGCAUUCAAUAGUUCUUUAUGUAUGUAGGUAAAUUAUUAUAAAAUGUAAAAGUGCAAAUUCCCAAUUAAUGAAAUGAAAGAAAAUAGAAAUAAAAAAUAAAAAUAAAGAGACAUCGCUAUAUCAUUAGAAAACUACAAUACGACUACUACUACAACAACUUUCAAUUUUAAAUAGAA